GCUCUCGAGGGUGGAGCCCUGCUUAGCGCUGACAUACUGCACCCAGCCCUCAGGGCGCUCUGAUUGGCCAGGGGAGGGAUGACAUCACAAAGGCCAGCUGUUGAUUUGGCGGAGAGUGUGUGUGCAUGAGAGAGAGAGAGAGGAGAAUCAGGAAGGAUUGCGGCAGCGAUGGCUUUGGGCAUGUACGCGUACGCUCCGCGCUCAGACGGAGGAGAGCAGAGCUGCACUGAGCGCGCUCCGUUUGAUGGCACUCGGGCUGCCAUGGAAACUAAUGAUGUGAGCCGAGCAGCGGAUCAUGAACGCCAGGCAGGUGUCCGAGGGUGAUGUGGAGCAUGUGUGUGAGCCGUGGUUUGGCGACCCGACCAGAGUUCUUUUGACGGGGGUCAUGGGACUGCUGCUGCCACCUGUCCGUCUCUCAGUCCGCCCCGCUGCCUCCAGAGGCCCCAGGGUCCUACGCUCCCUAAGGUUCCAGCCCAGUCCUGAAAACAGCACAGCCGGUGGUGAUUUUCGGUCUUGCUUCUGAGGAUAAUGUCUGAAUCUUCGCUGGACACCAGAAGUUGUGACAUUAUGAAGGUUCUGGAGAGUGACGGGCCGCACGUGGCCGAACCGCCCGCGACCCUCAGCGACCCCCAACACGCGCCCCAAAACAACGGCACACAUGCCCAGGAGUGUGUGACAGACCAAAGUUCCUCCCAUCAAACUCAGCUCAUCCAAUCAGCACAGACUAUUAAACGGUCCAAGUCCAACGGCAAGUUAAAGUUAGUCCGCAGCUUGGCGGUUUGUGAGGAGCCGUCUCCGCCUCCGCUCCGAGAACUGACGCAUGAACAGGAAAAGAUUCAUAUCGAGCUCAGUCAGUCUUUCGAAAAAGACGAAACGUCCAUCAAAAAUGAGGACAGUGAGAAAAUCUCAGAAAAGCCAGAGAAAACAGACCCACUGUCCAAGAAGACCCUCUCAAGAGAUCCCAGUCAGGACUACACCGACUCCACAGGAGUAAACCUCCACGAGUUUCUGGUCAACACGCUGAAGAACAACCCCCGAGACAGAAUGAUGCUGCUGAAACUCGAGCAAGAUAUUCUGGACUUCAUUAGCAACAUCGAAAGUCAGAAGCGGAAGUUCCCCCCGAUGACAUCAUACCACAGGAUGCUCCUUCACAGGGUGGCGGCGUAUUUUGGGCUGGACCAUAAUGUCGAUCAGACCGGGAAAUCAGUCAUUAUCAACAAAACCAGCAAUACUAGAAUACCAGAUCAGAAGUUUUCUGAACACAUUAAAGAUGAUAAAACAGAUGAUUUCCAAAAGAGGUACAUCUUAAAGAGAGAUAACUCCAGCCUGGACCAGGAUGAUGGCAGGCUGCGGAUGCGUCUUAAGGACGACAGACGGAGUAAGUCUAUAGAGGAGCGAGAGGAGGAGUACCAGCGUGCCAGAGACAGGAUCUUCGCCCAAGACGGACAAGAACAUUUCCCGUUUGAUAAAAGAAUCCAAGAGGACGUGACUUUCAUUAACACUCAGCAAAGACGACAGAUAUUCAGAUUGAGAGACGGGCACUCGGGAAGCAGUCGUCAGAGCAGCUCUGAGAACGAGCUGAAGUAUUCGGACCCUCGGCCCUGGAGCAGCACAGAUUCAGACAGCUCCCACAGGAACCUGAAGCCCGCCAUGACCAAAGCCAGCAGCUUCAGCGGCAUCAGCCUGCUGAUCCGAGGAGACAGUACAGCCAGCAGCAAGAGCACCGGGAAACUGUCUAAAACCAGUUCAGACUCUUCUAGUAGCGUAGGUUCCUCUUCCGGGUCGCUCUCUCGGCCGUCUCAGCUGCCGUUACCCGCCCCCGUUCUACCCCAGCCCGGUCGGGGCUUCACCGUGGCCCCCGCGGCCCCUCUUCCGGCCCCGGCCCCGGCCCCUCAGAGCACGACUACUAACGCUAACAUUAAUACUAACGCUAGCUUCUACAUCGUUCCUGUGGACAGCACCGCCAUCCCGCCGGGCAGCAUGCUGCUCAAUCCACAGACAGGUCAGCCUUUUGUGAACCCCGAUGGCAGUCCGGUGGUUUACAACCCCACCAUGACAUCACUGCAGGGGCGGGGCCAGCAGCACAUGACUCUACAUCCUCCCCCUCCUCCUCCGCCUCUUCCUCCUCCCCCUCAACCUCAGCCAGCCAAUCACCUUCUAGCACAGUCGUCUGCUCAGCCGGUGCAGUUUGCUGCGGUCUCUUGUGCUCCUCUGCUGCCUGGUGCUUUCACUCAACAAUACACUGUGCAACAGGACGGUUUAAGUGCCCAGUUCAGCCAGAUGAAUCUCAUUCGGCAGCCUUCGGGUGACGCUCCGGACCCCCACACGGGCCUCUACCCACAAUCCCUGCUGCUCCAGAACCCUCCGCCCACCGGCUACAUGCUUUCAUCGGCGGGACAGCCCAUGAGCGGUCACACUUACCCCCAUCCCACAGCCAUCAAUCAAGGGGUCCUGCAGCCGCACACAUACAUCCAGCAGCCCGUGCAGCAGGUGUCGGCGUGUUACUGCGCCCCGGGACAGUAUUCACACUCCACCCAACACUACAGAGCGGUGACGCCGGUACACUACAGCGCCCCCCAGAGUCAGACACUGCUACCGCAACAGACAGGUUUCCAGACGGUCAUGCCCGCUCAACCCCCCAGUUACCAGGGCAUGAUGGGAAUUCAGCAGAUUCCGAACCAAUCGCUGAUCAGCUCUCAGGGCGGAAUGGCCAAUCAGAUUCAGAGCGUGAUGGUGCAGUAUCCUACAAUGCCUCCGUAUCAGGUGUCUGUGCAGCAGGGUUCUCAGAACGUUCCUCAGGCAGCCUAUCAGCAACAGAUCGUGCUGCAGGGACAGACCAAUCAGGCCUCAGCGCCCUCUGCCAGCAUGCAGGUGUAUUACAGCAUGAUGCCGCCAACGCAACACUCUAACAUCAGCUCGACAGUUGGUUUCCUCCCUCCGCCGGGUUCAGAGCAGAUGCCGUUUCCCCGACCGCCCUCCCCCUGCGGUUCUCAGCCAAUCACAGGCCAGCAGUGCACAGCUGUGCCUCCGCCGCCCCCUGCUGGUGGAGUGGUGAUGAUGCAGUUGAGAGUUCCUCCCAGCCAGCAGCCCAGAGGCUUGUCCCCACUGCACUGGAAACCCAACCGUUACUACAAACACUGCGACCUGCCGCCACAGGACACCACACAUAAUAAUCCACAGCAGCUGCUAAGCCCCUCCCCCUCUCCGGUGCAAUCGCCUGCUCCCACCCAUCUGGCCAAUAUGAAGGGGCCUCGUCCUGGCCACGCCCCCUUUCCCAUCAUGCCUCAGUUGUCCCGCCCGUACGCUCCAGGCCAAGGUGAUGGCAGGUAUCCUCCUCUGAUUGAGCAGCCCCUCCAGUAUAACCCCCCCAUCAGACCCCCACUAAUGCACGGCUCUCAUGUGGUCAACCACCACCAUCAUCAUCAUCUUCAUCACCACCAGGGUCCUGUGGGUGUCCGGCACGGCAUGCGCAGUCGAAGACCCACAAAGAAAUCACUUUCUACUGACAUGAGUACAGGAGAAACGGACUCCGGCCGUGUUUUGGAGGUGACAGACCUUCCAGCUGGCAUCAGUCGAGUGGAAGCAGACUCUUUACUGGCAGAACUGAGCAAAGUUGGCGCUCUCAUAAAAUGGCUGCCCAAACCUCCAUCCCCCAGCCAAUCAGAGGGAGCGGACAUUACGAACUCUGACCCUCCCAAACCACCCCCUCAUGACCUGGCGUCCACAUACACCAUCCUGGCCUUGUUCCCGUCGAAAUACACAGCGCAGAGCGCGCUUCAAAAACUCAACAGCUCCAUCACCAAAUUCAAACUGAGAACUAGCAAGGAACUUAACGAACAGCACACGCUCGCCAGAUCCAGCUCUCAGUGAGGCCACGCCUCUUCCUCUCUUUCCACCAAUCACCACCAUUGCCUCAGGCUCACUUCCUGCUAUUUCAGUCACACCUUCCUGGCUUUGUUGCUUUUUUUUUUUUGUUUUGUUUGUUUUUGCACCACUAUAGCUUGAUCAAAACGGGUUUGUUACUUUCGAAUGGGGUUUUCACGCUAGUUUGUUAAAAAAAAAAAAUCUAAUGUUGUAGUUAAAUUGUUCUUUCACGGUUUCAGAUGAAUUAUCUAGCUUUGUUAUUGAAACAAAACCAAAACGAAUUCAAAUGAGACAUGUUUGGCUUGUUCUUCUGUUCAUUUUGAAUAGACCAGGAUCGCAAAACUGAAACCGGAGCAUGUUGUUUGGGGUUUUUGUUGUUUUUUUUUCCCGCAAAUGGCACAUCAUACAAAAUAAGCGGGUUUUUUUUCUUAAGCGAAUGGAAAUAAACAACCAAACAUGCUACAACUGACCCAUGAACGUGAAGACGGGACACAAGGGAACACUUUUCGACUUGUGCCUUUGAGCAGGGAUGCACUGUUUAUGCCGAACAACGACUAAGCCAGAAAAACAACGUCCAAAAAUGUGUAAUUUAUACUGUAGCCGAAUCCAAAUAAGCGAGUCUUUUUUUUUUUCUUCUUCAUCCGAGAGUCUUCUCGGCUUUUGGCUCUCCAGUGUGUGGACUGGGUGUUUUUGAAUUUUUUACUUAAUUUAAACGUUGAUGGAAACGGCGCAGCGGCCAAACGGAAGGUUUUAUCGCUUGCUUUCUCAUUUCCUGUCUGUGGGACGAUGGACAACAGUCCACUUAUGGGUUUUUAGAAUUCUUCUCUCAUUAAAAGUCACUGGAAUAAAAGUUUGCACUCUCUCACGUCUUUUUCCCCUUUACUCUUUCUUGUGUUUUUCCCCCCUUAUUUUAUUUUCUCUGCGAGAUGUGUGGACUGUGAAAGGCUGUCAAAUGUUUGCUGGUGCAAGUUGUUUUUAUCUCAGUUUGAAAACCAAUAAAUGUUUACACA